GGUGGCUGGGGGGCCGCUACUGCACAGGCGCCUCGGGCAGCGCUGCUCCUCGCCCCUGGCCCUGCGCGUCUCCUUCGCUCCGGGACCCUCGAGCGCCGGUUCCGCGCGCUGGAAAGGAGCGGCCGCGGCGGCAGGAACCUGAUUGCUCUCCUUCAACACGUUCAAUAUGAAGUUAUUAGUAAUACUUUUAUUUUCUGGACUUAUAACUGCUUGUAGAGGUAACUCUUCUUACAGUUUGCCACCGAAGUUAUUACUAGUGUCCUUUGAUGGCUUCAGAGCGGACUAUCUACAGAACUAUGAAUUUCCUCAUCUCCAGAAUUUUAUUAAAGAAGGUAUCUUAGUGGAGCACGUUAAGAAUGUUUUCAUCACAAAGACAUUUCCAAACCACUAUAGUAUUGUGACAGGCUUGUAUGAAGAAAGCCAUGGCAUUGUAGCUAAUUCCAUGUAUGAUGUAAUUACCAAGAAAUAUUUUUCUGACUUAAAUGACAGGGAUCCUUUUUGGUGGAAUGAGGCAGUACCUAUUUGGGUAACCAACGAGCUUCAAGAGAACAGAUCAAGUGCUGCUGCUAUGUGGCCUGGCACCGAUAUACCCAUUCACAAUACCACGCCUUCCUAUUUUAUGAAUUAUAGCUCCUCUGUAUCAUUUGAGGAGAGACUAAAUAAUAUUACCAUGUGGCUGAGCAAUUCAAAUCCACCAGUUACUUUUGCAGCACUCUAUUGGGAAGAACCAGAUGCAAGUGGACAUAAAUAUGGACCCGAAGAUAAAGUAAAUAUGAGCAGAGUGUUGAAAGAAAUAGAUGACCUUAUUGGUGACUUAGUCCACAAACUCAAGAUAUUAGGAUUGUGGGAGAAUCUUAAUGUGAUCAUUACAAGCGAUCAUGGGAUGACCCAGUGUUCUAAGGAAAGACUGAUAAACUUGGAUCUCUGUCUCAAUCGUUCAGACUACACUCUUAUAGAUUUGACUCCAGUUGCUGCAAUACUUCCCAAAAUAAAUAAAACAGAGGUUUAUAACAAACUAAAAAACUGUAGCUCUCACAUGAAUGUUUAUCUCAAAGAAGACAUUCCUGCCAGGUUUCAUUACCAACAUAAUGAUCGAAUUCAGCCUAUUAUUUUGGUUGCUGAUGAAGGCUGGACAAUUGUGCUCAAUAAUUCAUCACUAAAAUUAGGUGACCAUGGUUAUGACAAUUCCUUGUCUAGCAUGCAUCCAUUUCUGGCUGCCCACGGUCCUGCAUUUCACAAAGGCUACAAACAAUGCACAAUUGACAGUGUGGAUAUUUAUCCAAUGAUGUGCCAAAUCCUGGGCUUAAAACCACGUCCCAAUAAUGGAACCUUUGGUCAUAUUCAGUGUUUGUUAGUUGACCAGUGGUGCAUUAGACUCCCAGAAGCCAUUGGAAUUGUUUUUGGUGUACUCUUGAUCUUAACCAUUCUAACGUGCCUCUUCAUAAUCAUGCAGAAUAGACUGUCUGCACCGCAGCCAUUUUCCCGACUUCAGUUACAAGAAGAUGAUGAUGAUCCUUUAAUUGGCUAAUAAUAUGUGCUGGAGUUUCUAAAAAGUGUCUUUGUUUAGUCACAAAACCAAGGAUACACCCAAAUGUGUUAUAACUAUGAAAAAGCAUAUUUUGAAAGACAAAGAAUUUAUACGAAGCAUGCUGAAAUUGUGUUUUACUUUUCUUUGUGUUUUCUUUUGGUGCAUUAGCUAAUACCAAAAACAAAAACAUCCUGAACAUAGUAAAAAUUGCUGGUAUAUUAUUAGUUAACACUAUUUCUCUAACUAGAAACAUUUUUUUAAGAAAAAUACUGCCUAUGCCUUUCUUUGUGCAAUGAAAUUUGUCACAUAUUUAGAUGAAAAUAUGACAAAAUUUAGUAGGCAUACUUUUCUAAUAAAUUUUUAUAUUUGUAAAUGAAACAACAGAAUCUUUAUGUAACUAGUGGGAUUUGUGCAUCAGGGAGGAAAAGUUUCCUAUAUUUUUAUAUUGACCUUUAAUGGAGUUUGUAUUCCAAGUAAACUCUUGAGUUAGAAAAUUAUCUGUGUUAAAUGAAAUCAGUUAACCAGGCAGAAAAGAUCAAGCAUAUAAAGAUUAUUUUAAGAAAAGUUAUUAUAAAAAACUAUCAAAGACAAUGUGUACAAAGCCCCUGUCUUCACCAUUGUGUCUUUGUUAAUACCCUUAAGCUGUUGAAAUCUCAGAAGUUUUCUUUUGAAGAUUAUUGCUAAUAAAUUAAGAAAAUAGAGAAAAGUGGAUUUCUCUGUGCUUAAUGGCUUUGUGUAAGUUAUUUGUGUGUGUGUGCAAGUGUGUUAGCAUGUAUGGGUGUGCAGACUAUGCAACUUAUAGAAGGAGAUCAGAGAUGGACUUGACCAUAGGUAGGCUUCCGCAUUCCCAUAGAACCCAGCUCUUAGGAAAGGUUAUAUUUUCAUUCAUAUUUGUUUACCUUCUAACAAGUUCAAAUCAUAAUUUUAAAAAUGCAUUUGUUUUUGUUACCAUUUUUAACCUUCUCAGGUUGAUUAUAAU